AUGUGUGUGGGGAAAUGCAGCCGGAUCGUGGGUCCCUGCCUGCUGGUGCUGGGCACGCUCUCUGUGGCAGCCAACAUCCUCCUGCUCUUCCCCGGCUGGGCGUUGAAGUACCUGGCAGAGGGGCACAUCAGCAAGCACGCCAAGGCCAUGCCGGGCAUCUGGGGAGGCGGCAUCGCCGUGCUGCUGGCAGCGACCCACAUCACAGCGGUGGGGUGGCGAUGCACUGGCUGCUCCGACUGCGGCACCCGUCGCAACGCUUUCAUCUCUGCUGUGCUCUCCAAGCUGGCGCUCCUGGGUGCUGCUGCCUGCUUUGUCCUCUCCGGGGUGGGUUUGACCAAUGGACCCCUCUGCUUCUACAACGCCUCGGAGCACGGCCAUGGGCAUGGCACCCUCUGGGGUUACCCCUUCCUGGAUGCCGGCAGCCAGGAGCUUGAUGCCAGGACAGAGAACUACCUGCAUGAUCGUCACACCUGGAGCAUCUGUCUGGAGCCGGUGGGUGUCGUGGCCUGGAACGUCGUCCUCUUCUCCCUCCUGCUGCUUGUCAGCGCCACCGAGAUGGUGCUGGCCUCCCUCCAGAUCCUCAAUGGCUGCCUUGGGUGCCUCUGCGGCUUUUGCGAGGGGAAGUAA